AUGGCUGUAGAUGUCUUGCACUCGCCGAAUGGGCCGGAGCUCUCGCCGAAUGGGCCGGAGCACUCGCCGAAUGGGCCGGAGCCCUCGCCGAAUGGGCCGGAGCACUCGCCGAAUGGGCCGGAGCUCUCGACGAAUGGGCCGGAGCACUCGCCAAAUGGGCCGGAGCUCUCGUCGAAUGGGCCGGAGCACUCGCCGAAUGGGCCGGAGCUCUCGCCGAAUGGGCCGGAGCCCUCGCCGAAUGGGCCGGAGCACUCGCCAAAUGGGCCGGAGCUCUCGCCGAAUGGGCCGGAACCCUCGCCGAAUGGGCCGGAGCACUCGCCAAAUGGGCCGGAGCUCUCGCCGAAUGGGCCGGAGCCCUCGCCAAAUGGGCCGGAGCACUCGCCAAAUGGGCCGGAGCUCUCGCCGAAUGGGCCGGAGCACUCGCCAAAUGGGCCGGAGCACUCUCCGAAUGGGCCGGAGCACUCGCCGAAUGGAUAUAACACAGUAACGGCUUAA